AUGGUAGACAACCCUCCUCCACCGCCAUUCCUCCAAUUCCUCGCGGAUCUGGUCGCCCUCUUCUCAAUCUUCGCCAUCCUCCUCCUCUCCCUCGUCUCCCUCCUCCUCAUCCUCCACCUCCACCUCAAAUCCUCCACCGCCGCCGGCGGCGGCGCCGCCUCCCGCGGCCACCACCUCCGGAGCUUCAAUUCCCUCUGGACCGUCCGAUCUGUACUCGUCCUCUUCGUCUCCCUCUGGGCAUUCACCGAGCUCCUCGUGAUUCCGUCCUUCCGCCGCCACUACCUCCCCAAAUCCCUAACGAUCCCGCAGCAGAUCUGCCUCUGCCGCCUCCACGUCUCCCUCAAUCUCGGCCUCUUCCAGCCCGGGUUCCUCGUCGCCUUGCUCUACCUCGUCAAGAUCUCCGUCAAGAAGAGCACGCCGCGCGGAUCCCGCGCCGUCCUCUCCAUCUCCGCCACCUGCCUGCCGGCGCUCCUCCUCCAGCUCGUCUUCAUCUUCGGCGCCUCCUCCGGCCUCUUCCGCCUCCCGCCCUUCUUCAAUCGGAGCUACCUCCUCCCCCGCACCGUCCUUUCCCCCAACAACAACAAGAUCCCCAUCGCCGCCGGAAACGACGCCGUGCUCUGCCUCUACCCGCUGAUGAGCUGUGUCGUCUUCGGGGCGUUCGUCGUCUGGUACCUCUCGGCGUUCUCGAUCUCGUGCUUCAAGGCGCUGACUCUCGUCAUCAAUCAAGGGUUGAGGUUUCGGCUCUAUGGAUUGACCCUCGUCGUGAUGGUCGCCCUGCCCCUGCAGCUUGUCUGCCUCGGGUUCUCCGUCCUGUGGACGCCGCGGGACGAGCCGUACGCCGUGCUCUCCCUCGUCAUCUUCCUCGCGGCGUUUGUCAUGGCCGCGGCGGGGGAGGGAGUCAUGGUGAUUCGGCCGAUCGCAGAUUCGUUGGCUGCCGAUCAGGACAUUCAAUUGGGCUCCGGGAAGGUGAUUCAGUUGGGUUCGAGUCAGGCCGCGGCGGUUUUUCGGACGGAGGAAGAGGAGGAGAAAGCCGUGGUGGUGGUCGCAGCGGCGACGGAAGAAACGACGGCGGGUGGGAGUAGUCGUAGUGUACAGUUUUAA